AAUGUUUUUAAAUUUCUAGAUAGGGUAGUUUGAGUAAAAUCAUAUAAACUUCUGAGAAGAGCGUCGAAAAAUCCCCUGUUCUAUCUUCAGUAAAGAACCCUUCUUCCAAUUUCCCUAUAAAUUGGGUGGUUACGUCCUAUCCAAAUGCAAUGGGGCUCACCGAUGAUGAUAUUAUCGGGUCCGGGCUUUGGGUUUUUGGUUUUGGGUUUUGGGUUUUGGGUUUUGGGUUUGGUUACCUGUGGCUCAGUAGUAGACACCGACACCAACACCGACACCGAAACCGAAACCGAAACCGACACCGAUACAAAACCCAUUCGGUCGGCAACCGAGCGACUUUCCAUUGGCAUCGGGCGGGAAUCGAAAUCAGUGUGCUGGCUGGGCCACUCAAUUACUACACACAGAUUGCAAACGGCAUGGAGGGCAAGAUAAGAUUCAGAAACAGGGUGAUGAGUCGCCUUUGGGGGGAAAUCCAUGGCUCUUUUUGGGGCCCAAGAAAGGCGAGAGCACCCUGUGGCCGGGCUGUUUAUCAACUCGAUGGAGAGCAGUUAAGAGGUGCUACCCAAAACUCGUAUAAAAUCAGUUAACUGCCGGCACUGGAGCAAGCCACUUGCUUAGCUCAACCUCCUUUUUUUUUGUCAAAUCGCGCCCUUAUAAUAUAUUAUAUAUAGAAAAGAGAGUGUGAAGAUGUCCAUGCACCAGCUGCUGCUUUAUUCGUUGUGUUUUUGGGCCGUGAUCGUGUUCUGUGCGCCCACGCCCAGUGAAUCCCGUCGCGUGAUCUUCCUGAAACCGAAUGGCAUCCAUCGCGGCCAGAUUCUGGCCACACAUGGCAUGGAGAAGGCAUGCCCCCAGUGCCAUAUGAUCGAUCAUCGCGGCAAUUGCCGGCGCAUCAUUUCCUACAAUGCAGUAAAAAUGCAACUCCAUCGCCUGCUGAUCCUGACCUUUGUGUUGCUCACUCUGAUCUUGGCCCGCAGUUCGUCGACGGCGGAAGCGCGGCGCCUGGUCUUCUACAGUCCGCACAGCCGGACACUCACCGGCCAGCUCCUCGUGUCCCGGAAACUGACGCGGCCGUGUCCGGCCGGAAAAAUGAGGGACCACCGGGAUCGGUGUCGCCGGGCCGUCAUCUUCGGACGCAGCAACUAAACGUCAGCAAUUUGCCGGAACAAUCUCCCCCCCCCCCUAUAUUUACUCUUUUUUUUUUUAUUUGUGUUUUCCAAACUAAUCCGUAAGCUAACUUAUUUUAGUCGUAGUUGCGUCACAAUGUGACCGUCGAAGUAUUUAUUACAUUAUUUAUUUUGUAGCUGGUAACAAUGAUAAGUAAUAAACUGUUGUCGAUAAAGAUAAAAAAAAGAAUUACCCCCAAUGUUUGCUUAAACCUAUUAUUACCACCAUUGUUUGCUUUGGCCUGAAAAAGAUAUUUGUACAAAAAGUAGAAUGGCAUGGUAUUUGCAAUAUAUUGGAAUAUUUUUUGAGCCAGGAAAACGUAAGUAUUCUAGAUCUACCCAAAAAUGUAAAACAACCA